AUGUCGCGUGCGGCCAAGUUCACGCUCGGAGCUGCCAUAUUCACAUCGGUGCUCGUUGUAUGGGGAGUGCAUCAUUUGCAAGUGACGGAACGUGCGACCAUGUAUCAGGGUGUGCUCAAGGAUGAUGAGCGACGGCGGGACAAAAUGAGGCAAAGGGAGGAGGAGCUACAGCGGUCACUACAAAAGCGAGAGCUGUACGAACGCGUGCAGACCGUCUCUAAACCUGCACCAGAUUUGGCAGAAAAGUCUUAA